AUGUCUGAAACAUGUUUGAAGAUAGCCAUAACCAAAGGAUUAGGAGUUGGCAUCAUUGCUGGCUCAGCAAUGGUUAAGAUUCCACAGAUGGUUAAGAUUUUGAGAGCUGGAAGUGGUGAAGGAAUUAGUGUACCUGGCGCCCUCUUAGAGAUGUAUGCUAUAUCAUCCACGUGGGCAUAUGCUGUUGCCAGACAAUUCCCAUUUACUGCUUGGGGUGAAGCAUUCUUUCUAGCAAUACAAACAAGUGGUAUUAUCAUCCUCUGCUUGGUGUAUGCUAAGAAGUCAUCCCUUGCUGGUAUAUACUUGGUUGCAUACAUUGGUGUCAUGUACGUAUUACUGUCUGGCCAGAUCCCUGUCAACGUACUAGCAACGCUACAGGCAUGUAACAUGCCCGUCAUGUUGGUCUCUAGAAUGAUUCAAAUACUUCAAAACUAUCGCAACGGACAUACAGGCCAGUUAUCCGCCAUCACGAUGGUCCUGGUCUUCCUCGGCAGCCUUGCUCGUAUCUUCACCUCGAUCCAGGAAACGGGCGACCCUGUUUUAAUGUGGGUGUUCAUUAGCUCGUCAAGCAGCAGCGGGGCAAUUGUUCUACAGUUGUUCUGGUACUGGAACACCACCAACGAAUACUUGAAAAAGAAGGCAAAGGCUGAAUAGUUUAUAUCCACGUAUAAUAUUGUAUGAAGCUUUUGAUUGCACUACAAAGAUAUAAUGACUUCACGUACAGUUUUCUGCACAUAAUUAUGAGGCUUGACAUCCCAAAACCAGCAUCAGUGGUCAAGAAAUUUAAAAAAUGUUAAUAUGUCUUAUUCUCCACAUUAUAAGCUUUAAAAUGAUGGGACAUUUACUAGAAUUGACUUAUUAUUACCAAAGGUAUGAGUAACAAGAGCAACUACUGACCACUUUGCACGUUCCUUCACGCUUAAAUACGGUACAAGCGCAAGUUAUUAUAUUGGGUUUUUUUAGAAGAGCUAAUAAGAUAAACAUUUUUAAAUAAUUAGAACGUAUAUUUGUACAAAAAAAAAAUGUUAUUUAGAAUGUUCAUUUGUACAAAAUAAAAAAAAUAAAAAUUUCUUAAAAUUUGAAAAAAGAAAAUUGAAUACCAAGACGGAAUUCGACCUCACAACCUUAAGUUUUUUAAAACACAUCCUUACCCAUGCGACGUGCACUAUUUUUGGUAAUGGCCUUGCACAGACCCAAAAAUAUUACAGCUUCUCUGUACUGACAUAUACAAUACUGUCACAUUCUAUGCUAAUUACUCGGUUUAAGCUGGUUUUGGGAUGGCAUUAUGGUAUUUUCAGUUCUCUUUAUUGGGAAUCUAAAACAAGUUUAAGUUGAAUCUACGUUGUGUAGAGGACAGUGACUUUUUAAAUCUAUCCUAGCGUCACAUUUUUGUCGCCCAAUCAAAAGCUCUCAAUACUCACCUGGUUGUCUACCUCUUUAUCUGUCAGAAUUCAAAAUGCAUAAUUACAAUAAUAAUCCUUAAUGAUUUAUAUUAUUGUUAUAGCUCACUCAAUCAUCAUCCUAAUGUACACAUAUGCAUGAGGGACAUGAAGUGAGCCCUCUAGAUUUUUAUUAAAUAUAUUUUAUAAAACUGAUGCAAUAAAAUAGUCUUUUCAUAAAUGUGCCAAUUUUCCCAUAAGACAUCUUCUGUUAAAAAAAAAAACUAAACUUACCUGUUCCUAGGACAGAAUUUCAGCAUUCCUGUAGCAGUCACCGUUAGUAAUUAUUAAUUAUUGUUUAAGAUUACAAAGAAAAACAAAUAAUUAUUGAUUUAAUUUUAUUUUUUACUGAUAAUUGAGUAUUAUAUAAUAAAUCAAUUGAUGAUUGAUUAAUCAACCAGUGGUCUGUUCCGCUAAGCCCACCCUUGAAUAUAGUUGCAAGUUUUGUCAAAACAACAUCGUAAAUGUACGUAAACACAUGUUUUGGGGUGUGGUUGGCUGGCUGUCUUUUAAUUAGUCAGUUGUGGAGUUUUAUUGAAACUCCGGAGAGGUACAUUGAUUGAUGUGUAUGUAAAGCCAAUACUGUAUUCUAAAGAGUCCAUUUCAUUUGUUAUUUCUUUAAUAUUCAUAUUUGUGUGGAUUUAUGAACUCAUCUCAUUGCUGCUCAAAAGAUUGUUUUAAUUAGUGUAGUUUUAUUUUAUUUUCAGUGGAUAUUGUUGCACCAGUCUUAAACAAAUUCCUAAUUCUGACGGAAUGUUAUUGUAUGUAUGGGUUGGAAUAUAACAGUAAAAUCCAGUUAGAAUUAGGAAUUCGUUUAGGGCAGAUAUUACAAUAGCCACUGCCUAUUCCAUUCUACUUAUAUUGAUUUAGUGUGAUCUUUAGUGUAUCUUUUUAUUUAUUGUUUGGAAGUACAUGGGUACUUUUUGUGGAUAUGAGUUGCUGUAUUAUUAAUAAUUUUUCAAUUGAUUAGUUUAUUGACUGAUUGAAUUGAUCAUUUGGCAAAUGUUAAUCAUGCUGAUUAUUGUUUGGUUGCUAUUCCAACAUCUUUGAGGACAAAUAGUGUAAUCGUCUGGAUUUUGCAACUCAGAUUAUCCUCAAAGUAUUGCAUAAUGUGCAAUGAACAGAUAAAUGGUAUUAAAUUAGGUACAAAUAAACUCUCCGAUUUAUUAAAAGGCUAUGAUAAUUGGAGGAAAAUGAGUAUUUUUGAUAUCGAUAUUCGAACAAUACUCCUGUACUAAAGAAACCAUAAGGCACAGCUUCUGUACACCCAUUGAAUCUUUUCUCAUUAAAACCUCUUCAUUUUCUUGCUAUGAUAUGCAGUAAAUAUAAAGAGGUUUAAGAUGAAUGUUUGUGGAACAUUAAAACUGUCACCAAA